CGAAAUCAGAGAGAUCGAAAUGUUGUCAAUAUUACGGAAAGCGCGAUUGAAGGACAAGGAGAUGCGUAUCUUGAUGCUGGGCCUAGACAACGCAGGAAAGACGACCAUCGUGAAGAAGAUCAUGAACGAAGACGUGAACAGUGUCAGCCCAACAUUAGGCUUCAUCAUCAAGACAAUCGACUAUGAUGGAUACAAACUAAAUAUAUGGGAUGUCGGCGGCCAGAAGACGCUGCGCACAUACUGGAAGAACUAUUUCGAGAAGACAGACACGCUCAUAUGGGUGGUCGAUGCCACCGACCGUGAGCGCAUAGGCGAUUGUCGGCAUGAGCUGGCAGGGCUACUGCUCGAGGAGCGACUAUCGGGCGCGAGUCUGCUAGUUUUCAAGAACAAGAGCGAUGUUCCUGGCGCCAUGAGCGAGGACGAGGUGCGCAAGGGACUCGGACUCGACGCCAUCAGAACACACAAAUGGACGAUUAUGAGCUGUAGCGCCAUGACGGGGCAGAACCUGCAGGAGGGGCUCCAGUGGGUGGUACAGGACGCAAAGGCUCGACUGUUCCUGUAUUGAUGUGUAUCGAGCACUGCAUGGGUGCAAGGGGCGCUGGAUAGUCGCAAGCUAAAUCCGGGUAGCGGUGGUUUGACACAGGCCGCCAACUGCUUCAAGUGUGGAGAACGGCUCAGCGUGGUGCACGUAUAAAC